AUGAGUAUGUCAAGUGAUAACGAUUUGAUGCAGCUUGCAAAAGUAGUCAUGGUUGAGUUUAUAUUUCAGAAGGAGUCCGAAGUGAGCAAAAGAUUAUCUCGCGUGAAAAAAUUUGAAGAGAAACGUCGUCUUAAGUGGGAAGAAGAGCAAUCAAAAAAGCCCAUACUUGAAAAAGGUAUACGAGGCAAAGUAAAAUGGUAUAACGUUUCCUUUCGAUAUGGAUUUAUUUCACGUGAUGAUAAUAAAGAUCGUGACGUAUUCGUGCACCAGAUGGCAAUUGCUAAAUCCCGGACCACGAAGCAGUACUUGCGUUCACUUGCAGAUGGUGAAGCUGUCCUUUUUGAUCUUGUUCAAGGAAAGAAAGGACCAGAAGCAGCUAACGUUACUGGACCAAAUGGUGAAGAGGUAUUACUUCAAAUCCGCUCACUAAAAUACUUUCUUAUUCGUUACAAUUUUAAUUUUAUUUUCCAGCUUUUGUUACAGGUUCGUGGAAAUAGGCAUUGCGUUUUGCUAUUUGGUAAUUUCCGUAAUCGUUUAUCUAAUAAUAAUCGCAAGACUUCUCACAAAAUAAUUAAUUAUUAUCAUCUAUUAGACGAUGAAGACAAGAAACAAAAUAAUAUUGAUGUGGGGAUGCAAGUUCCAGAUCAAAAUCAAGAUCAAGAAACUCGUGCAAUCAAGAAAUCACAUGGUCGAAAAGGAAAGAAAAAAGCCCAUCUUAAAACUGAUUCAAGUCAUGAUCAAAAUGAUAAUGACAUUGAAAUCAAGGAGACAAUCCACACGAUGGAAAAGCUGGUCAUCCAAGAAAGAGAGAUAGUGGAAUGA